GCCUAUAAAGAUGGAACCAAUCCCAUGUCCCUCCUUGCUUACCACCUUCCCUUUACUCUCAUUUUCUUCACGAGUCCAUCACCUGUCCCUAUUAUUGUCUUUCUUUGUUUUACAAUAUCUGAAGUUAUAUACCUAGCUGUCAAUGGAUACGGCAUCCCUUUGUUCCGCGUCUCUACCUCUCCGCCCAUGUUCGACUAACCGGAGAACAAGGCUUCGACACCGGGAAGGAGCCUCGGCCGCUAGGGUUUUUGCAUCGAGAAGAUCAGAAGCUCAUGACCGGAACUACAGCGGAAGGCUUGUGGAUGAGAAUUUGAUUGUGCUUCGGAAACGAAUUCACGAGAUGAAGAUGCUGGAGAGGAAUUACGAGCCGCCGUCGCAUUGGAUGAACUGGGAGAAGUGGUAUUACCCAAACUAUGAUUCAUCAAUAUGCGAAGCAAUGGGGUUGUUGCAGUCGCAGUUGAUGAAGACAAGGCCAAGUUUGGCGCUGCUAAUCGCUCUUCUGGUUGCUUUGAGUGUGCCUAUAUCCACAUCUGUCCUGUUUUUUCAUUUGGUGGAGAUAACCAAUGGGCUCCUCGCUUGACAGAUAUUUCUUUCAUUUAUGUGUAUGCAGCACAGAUUAAUUAUUUGGCUUGUUACUCUCCGAUGUUUAAGCCUUUGUAUCAUCUUUAAUUUCCAUAGGCAGGAAUUCAUGUUGCAUGUACAAGGUUGUUCAAUGUAUUAAUGCAUUAAUUUAGAAAAUUAUGACUUUCUUGA